AUGACGUCCCUUGCGGUGGUGGAACCAACCCUGCAAGCCCAAAGAGAGUCCUUUUCUCUCCCAAUCCACGAUGCCACCUACCUCCUCGUCCGAGGCUCUGUAGCUCUUGUUCUAGGAGUAAUCCUCUUCAUGAACAUCCAUGGUGACUCUAAAGUCUCCAGUAUCCCCUUGAUCAAUCAAGCCAAGGGUCUUGAUAUCGCCAACUGGGGCUGGCGUUGGCGCUUCGCUUUCUAUGCUGAAGAGCUACUCCAGAAGGGCAUGGCUCUAUACAAAGACAGGCCGUUCAAGCUCAUGACAGACUCUGGAGAGAUCAUUGUGCUUCCUUCCAACCUUGUCAGCACCAUUGGAAGUGAAGACAGACUCUUGCUGCGAGAGUCUGUCGCCGAGGACUUCCACGCUCAUCUCCCUGGCUUUGAGGUAUUCGCGGCCGCCGCACGAUACGACCAGCUGGGUCAGAGUGUCGUCCGAAAGAGGCUCACCAGAUCACUAAACAAAAUUACUGAGCCGCUGUCGCAAGAAGUAAGCUUUGCCACCGAGCUGCGUCUAGGAAACGGUAAAGAAUGGAAAAAGGUCUACAUCUACAAGGAGAUUCUCGACAUCGUCGCCCGGAGCUCAUCGCGGGUCUUCCUUGGUCCCGAGAUCUGCCGCAACGAAGACUGGCUCGACAUUACAAAGCGCUACACUUCUGAAGCCUUCAUCGGUUCAGCCAUUCUCCGCGCAUUUCCCAACUGGUUCCGCAACGUUGCCCACUGGGUUAUCCCGCAGUGCCGCAACUUGCGAUGGAUGGCCCCUAAAGCCCGAGAGAUCAUCACUCCCUUCAUCGAGGAAAGGCGACGACUCCGGGCUGAGAGCCUCGCCAAGGGAGAGGAACCUGAAUCCUUUGAUGAUGCCAUUGACUGGUUUGAAGACGAGAGCAACGGUGCGCCAUAUGAUGCUGCUAUUGCUCAGCUUGGACUCUCCAUGGCUGCUAUCCACACCACCUCGGACUUGCUCACUGAGACCCUGCUUCGACUUGCCAGACGCCCUGAGCUUGUUGAGGAAUUGAGGUCAGAAGUCAUCCAAGAGCUCCGAAAAGAUGGAUGGAAGAAGACAUCGCUCUACAAUAUGAAACUGCUUGACAGUGUCAUCAAGGAGUCCCAGAGACUGAGACCUAUUUCAAUGGUUUCAAUGGUUCGAAAAGCAGUCGAGGAUGUCCCUCUUCCCACUGGUGAAGUCAUCCCCAAGGGCCACCGCACUGUCGUCCUCACAGACCAGCACCGCAGCGCCGAGCUCUUCACGAACCCAGAUGAAUUUGAUGGCCAUCGGUUCGUAAGACAGCGUGCCUGCCCCGAGACUGAGAACACUGCGCACUUCGUCUCAACCACUUCUUCAAGCCUUGGCUUCGGCCAUGGUAAGCACGCUUGCCCUGGCCGCUUCUUCGCCGCCAACGAGCUCAAGGUCAUCCUGUGCCAUCUCCUUGUCAAGUAUGACUUCAAGGUGGGACCCGAUGCGCCAGCUGAGCCCGAGCCUCUCAAGUACUCGUUUGCACUUCAGGCCGACCCUUGGGCUCAGCUGUACUUGAAGCGUCGCGACCGUGACGGCCUGGAUAUCGACGCCAUCUAG